GCAAGACAACGUAAAGAUGCAAAUAUUUCAUUAUUUAUCUAUCUUUUCUUGUUAAGAAGCCUUUAACUUUCACUAACUUUGCUCUGCUCUUGUUUUCAUCUUCUUGGUCUCCCCUCCUUUGUUGUUGUGACACCAAAAUGGCUACAGCUACAUCCAAUGGUUUGGUGUCACAAAACCAUGUAGGAGGAGUGAAUCCAAGUCCAGCAAAAAAAACUGAUGAGAAGAAAACACAAAAAGUUACCGAAGAUGAUGCAAACAUAAACUACAGGGAAAGAGCGCAGUGGCUUCGUCCAGCAGUUUUAGGAGCCAAUGAUGGGUUGGUUUCGGUUGCUUCAUUGAUGAUGGGUGUAGGAGCCGUUAAAAAAGACCCAAAGGCUAUGCUACUUGCUGGUUUUGCAGGGUUGGUUUCAGGGGCUUGUGGUAUGGCGAUAGGAGAGUACGUUGCAGUGUACACUCAGUAUGAUGUUGAGAUUGGUCAAAUAAAGAGAGAUAUGAAGAUGAGUGUAGGAGGGGAAAAGGACUUGGAGAUGGAAAUGGAGAAAAGAACAUUACCUAAUCCACUGCAAGCUACUUUGGCAUCUGCAGUAUCCUUUUCUAUAGGUGCAUUGAUUCCUCUACUUUCUGCCGCUUUUAUAGAACGUUACAUGACAAGGGUUAUUGUGGUUGUGGCAACGACUAGCUUGGCUUUGCUGGUGUUUGGAAGGGUGGUGGCUCAACUGGGAAAAACUCCUAAGUUAAAAUCUCAUGUAAGGUUCCUUCUUGGAGGAUGGAUAGCCAUGGCCAUCACUUUUGGGUUAAGUAAAUUACUGGGUACUAGUGCUUUAAUGUAG